UGGGCAAGUGUGUCAUGAAAUUGCCAUUCGUUUCUGCUCUAUAUGUACAUACAUCUAGUACCUGGCCAGACAGCAAAUAUUUUCCAAAUAUAUAUGCGGUACAUGUAUAUUUCGACGUGUUUAUAAACGCAAUUUCAAAUUGACAAAUACAUAUUUUUGGUCGGCAAUUACUCAAGCUGGGAUAUGACGCAGGUGUGGUCGCAGGUGAAGCCUUGGGAGUGGUGCCGGGAGAUCUACAAGGACCACUAUUCCUGGUCAUUCGUCAAGUGCGCCCUGGUCUUCUCGGCCGGGGUAGUACUUAUUCGCAGCCUAGAUGGUAAAAUGCGAGCCUGACUUGUAAGCCUUUCGCCUGGGGGCUUCCAAAUUCCAGAUGCUAAUAAUUGUAUUAUAAUAUUAUUGUAACAUAAUUGUUGAUUUACAAAUGAAUUAAAUAUGUAAAACCAUAAAGUUAA